AUGACUUCUCACACGGAAGAGGCUUCGCCUCUCUACCGCGAUAGUUCCAAAUCCAUCGAUGAAAGGGUGUCCGAUCUGGUCGCCCGCAUGACAUUGGCUGAAAAAGCUGGCCAGCUCUUUCAAAACAUGGUAUUUCCCGGCCCAGACGGCUCUCUUGCGCCCGCAUUGCCCGACUUUGGCCUUGGAGAUACAAAAGAACAGAUCUCGGGGAAACUCAUGACCCAUUUCAAUCUUAUUGGCCCAGUCCAAGAUCCUCUCAUGAUAGCAAAAUGGCAUAAUGCCCUCCAGAAAUACGCCUUAACCCAAACUCGCCUGGGGAUCCCGAUAACCAUCUCUUCCGACCCUCGGCAUCAUUUCAACGAGAAUGUGGGGGCCUCAUUCUUCUCCGGUGCCAUGAGUUUAUGGCCCGAGACAUUGGGCUUUGGAGCACUGCGUGAUGCAAAGCUUGUUGAGCGGUUUGCCGACAUCGCGAGACAAGAGUACAUCGCAAUCGGCCUGCGCGUUUCUCUUCACCCGCAAGUCGACCUGGCAACGGAGUAUCGCUGGGCUCGAAUCAACGCGACCUUUGGUGAAGAUGCCGAUUUGUCGGGAGAGCUCGCCCAGGCCUACAUCCGUGGCUUCCAGGGAGAUAGACUAGGCGCCACGAGCGUCUCGACUAUGACUAAACACUUCCCAGGUGGAGGUCCGCAACUUAACGGGGAAGAUCCUCAUUUUACUUACGGUCGCGAACAAGUCUAUCCUGGGAAUAACAUGAAAUAUCACCUCGAGCCUUUCAAAAAGGCCAUUGAGGCUGGUACCCGUCACAUUAUGCCAUACUAUGGAAUGCCAGUGGGUACUGAAUGGGAAGAAGUUGGCUUCGCAUUCAACAAAGACGUGAUCACGGGGGUCUUGCGAGAAGAACUCGGUUUUGAAGGUAUUGUUUGUACCGACUGGGGUCUUAUCACGGAUACUGAGAUCUUCGGUCAAUCAAUGCCAGCACGGGCUUGGGGCUGUGAGGGUCUUUCUCACUUGGAGAGAGCGAAGAAGAUUCUCGAUGCUGGCUGUGAUCAGUUUGGAGGAGAAUCAGUACCAGAAUUGGUCAUUCAACUAGUUGAACAGGGUCUCAUUUCUGAAUCUCGAAUUGAUGAAUCUGUUACUCGGCUUAUGCGAGAGAAGUUUGUACUCGGUCUAUUUGACAAUCCAUUUGUCGAUGAGGAAGCAGCUGGGAAGAUCAUUGGACAGCCUGAGUGGAAAAGGGAAGGUGAGGCAGCUCAGAGACGGUCGUUCACUCUCUUGAAAAAUGAGAAAAACACCCUUCCCCUUCGAGAGGAAGUCUAUCAAGGCAAGAAAAUUUAUAUCGAAGGUGUCAGUCAGUCAGCUGCCGAGGCGAGGGGCUUUGAGAUCAGCAGCAUUGAAGAAGCGGAUAUUGCCAUCAUGCGCCUUAAAUGCCCGUUCGAACCCCGCCAGGGCGGCUUUGAGUCUUUCUUCCGCGCCGGGUCUUUGGCAUUUUCUACCGAGGAAAAGGCUCGCCAGGCAGGAAUUUUCUCCAAGGUUCCUGUCAGCAUCGUGGAUGUGUAUCUCGAUCGCCCAGCAGUCAUUCCGGAAGUUGCAAGCCAAGCCACUGCUUUAACAGUGAGCUAUGGCAGCACUGAGAACGCUUUCCUCGAUAUCAUUCUGGGAACCAAUGGUGCUGCGCCAGAAGGCAAGCUCCCAUUUGAUCUCCCAAGCAGUAUGGAAGCGGUGGCGAACAGUAAAGAAGACGUACCUUAUGAUACGGAACUUCCACUAUUUAAAUUCGGCCAGGGCUUAGCAUACUGUUAA